AUGGGCAAAAAGAGUAAAUCAAAAACUCCCAGAGAGAUGCAAGAUAAUACAGCUGCUGAUUUAUGCACAUCCAUUAAUAUCAAACCAGCCCGUUUGGUUGAACUCAUCUUCCAACAGAGAGUCAAGUGCCAUGGCAGAAAGAGAUGGGACCAGAGUUUUGGUUCCAAGUGCAGAAGGUUGAUUGAGCUGUUUGUCUCCAAAGAUGUCUCUGAAGACCAACAAGUGAUUGAUUAUAUCACAGCCCAAUGCAACAUUUCACUGGAGCAAGACACCCUGCUUGGUGCUGGCUGCAAUACAAGCUUCCCUGUCAAUAUAAAUGACAUGAGCACUGAAAUACAGCCACAGCCCUUUCUAGGCAAAGAGAGUGAAGGAAACGACCAUCUAAACAGUAAUCAUCUAGCAGCCACCUGUUGUUUCCCUAGUGGAUCAUGAUUCGAAUGUGCCAUACGACAUAUCAGUUGAUUG